AGGCUAGCCCUUCGGCGCAGUCCACACUGAAAGUCGGGAGCGAGAGCGAGUGCGAGGGGAAAGCGGGCCCAAAUCUCUGCGGUGCAGAGCUGGAAAGCUGCUGUCCGAGCAAAAAGCAGGCGCUGUCGUCUUCCUCUUUACCUCCUUCUUUUUGGCAAAAGGACAUACAGUACAGAAUUGCUGCUCCGGGACGUCGUUGGGGUGGCAGCCGAGCUCGCUGCGUGUUAAGAACUCCAGUGGCUGAAGAACAUUUGAAAUAAGGACCUUUGCAUGAGAGAAAGAAGGAAAGCGAGUCAAAAGUCGGAUUUUGCGGCGCUGGCAAGUACGUUCAGUUAUUUGCAAAACAAAGAAACGAUGAGCGCUGAAAUGAACAUGGGUCCGGACCUGCCGACGAGUCCGCUGGCACUGGAAUACGUGAAUGACUUUGAUUUGAUGAAGUUCGACGUUAAAAAAGAAGCCGUGGCUGGGAUCGAGCGUCCUUCCGUCCGGCAGUGCAAUCGGCUCCAGGCGCAGGGCUCCGUGUCCUCUACUCCGAUCAGCACCCCCUGCAGCUCAGUACCUUCCUCGCCAAGCUUUAGUCCAACCGAGCAAAAGAACCACCUGGAAGAGCUUUACUGGAUGCCAAGCAGCGGCUACCACCAGCAGAUCGAUCCGCAGACGUUGAACCUGACGCCGGAGGACGCCGUGGAAGCUCUGAUCGGCGCUACGGCCCACGGGCAUCCUCCGCCUCCUCACAUCCAACAGCAACUUCAGCAGGGAAGCUAUGAGGGAUACAGGGCAGCACAUCUUCACCACAGUCACAGUCAUGCCCAGCAGCACCACCAUCAAUACCCGGGGAUUUCCCACCACCCGGACGACCUGCCAGGACACCCUGGUGCACACAACCAUGCACACAGUCAGCAUCAUCAUCACAGCCAGGACCCCGACAGCCCAUCUCCUACCUCGCCUGGGGCCCACCAGCAACUCCAUCACCGCCACCACCAUCACCAUCACCCGCACGCCCAUCCGGGCCAGCAGGGUCACCACGGCGGAGGAGGGGGGCUCAACGUAGAGGACCGAUUCUCCGAUGACCAGCUGGUGUCCAUGUCUGUGAGAGAGCUCAACCGACACCUGCGCGGCUUCACUAAGGACGAGGUGAUUCGCCUGAAGCAGAAGCGCCGGACCCUCAAGAAUCGCGGCUACGCUCAGUCGUGCCGUUUCAAGCGCGUGCAGCAGAAGCAUGUCCUGGAGAACGAGAAGACCCAGCUGAUCAAUCAGGUAGAGCAGCUCAAGCAGGAGAUCAGCCGGCUGGCCCGCGAAAGAGAUGCAUAUAAAAUGAAAUGCGAGAAACUUACUGGUACAAACGGGUUCCGUGAGGCUGGGUCCACAAGUGACAACCCGUCCUCGCCAGAAUUUUUCAUGUGAGUUACUCUGAUGUCCGACAACUGAUGCUGAGAAAGAGAAAGGAAAAAAAUAACCGAUAUUACUGAUUCCGAGUAUACUAUUAACAACUGUAUUCAUAUUAGAAGAAAUAUCCUGAAAGUAAUAAUCUCGUAUAUAGCCAUCUCCAUCCGACUGAAAUACAAAGAACAACAAAUUACGUUUUUCAGAAGUGCACCAUCUUUGUAGAAUAGUAGCUUGUAGAGAAGACUUUUUCUCCCCGAAAAAGAGAUGAGAAGCUGAAUCUGAACUUUCUUUGUAGGUCGCUUUAAUCUGUUAGGAGCAUGGGAUGAUAUCGGACUAGUCUUUUUACUGUGAUUUUUUUUUCUUUUCGAUUUAAGAAAUAUAAAACGGUUGCGCUGGAAGGAGAGUACUAAGACUUGCAUUCUGCACUUGCCCGAAAAAAAAAAUACCAGAAAGAAAUGAGAGGGAAAAAAAUGACUCAACAUAUGCAAACUUUAUUUCGUUCCUGUAUCCCGAUUCAAACUUUAAACUGUCAAAAGCGGGGUAUUUUAUGCAACAUCUCAUCGGUUUAUUGCCUGCUUGGUUAUAUACAAAUAUAUAUAAAACAAAACUGCAUUAAAUAUUAAUCCUGCAUGCUGGACAUGUAUGGUAAUAAUUUCUAUUUUGUACUUUCUUUUCCCGUGUGUAUUUUCAAAGCAUGCUGUUGAUCUGAGCUUUCCAUUAGCCGUUUUUGGGUUUUAGAAAUGAGGUGGUGACAGUGUCAACAUUAAAGAUCGUGCAGUUUCGCGUUCUUUGGGUUUAGCUUGUAAAUAUACGCAACGGCAAACGACACCAACGGGGUUAAGGAGGCUGAUUUAAAACUUUUCUUUUGUUCCAUUGUUUGGGUAUUGCGUUUCCGAAAUAUGGGCAUUUUUGCAGUUGCAUUAAACGACAACAGACUUUGUAUAUUAAGUGCACUUUUCUGGAUCAUGAUUUUGGUAUUUUAAGUUUUCAUUUUGGGUUUUUGCAGACCCCCUUCAAGGAAGACAUACUAUAUAUGGAUUAUUAUAUGAUGUAUUUGAAAGCACAGAGGUGUGGCAACUCUAAAGACUAAUAAAUAGCUAUAAUGGCGUACCGAACUGUUAUAUUAAGAGAUUCGCAGUUAUAUUCGCCGUUAAUGAAUUGUACUCCACGUCAGUAGCUUUGUCUCGCAGGUUGUUAAUAAAGUACACAUUACAAAUUAGCUGUCAAAUACGGUGUGCGAAAUUAAUUGCAAUUGAUGAUCUGUGGCUCCCUGUUUAAGGAGGAGAGUUUAACAACAAAUAACAGUUCCGCCACCUAUGGCAUAAGUCUAUUAUAUAACACAAACGAAAUAUACAAGUCAUAUAAUUUCCACUUUACAACCGGAGUCGUGAGGGACAGAUGUACUCAACCCGGUGGUUCCUCAGAUAAUCACACACACUUUGUAAAUAUCUGUCAGCAUGCAUAAAAUCAGGGAUUUAUUUACGUUUUGCGUAUUAUUUCGUCAUUGUGUAUAUUAUAAAUCAAAGUUUUUAUGAUAAAUGUUAUAUGUUUUCCUAUAUUUUUUCUGCCGGUCAGUAAAAAAAAGGAUUCUGGUUUUGCAAAAUCUCAAAAUGAAAACUAUAUAUGUGUAUGGUUAUAUUUUAUUAUCAUUUUGUUUUAUUAUUUGGAUGUUCUGGUUCUGCUGGCCAGAUGCAUAGUUAAGUUUUAUUUUAAUGAUUUAAAUUAACAGUCAGAUCAUAUGGAAUAAGCAUGGUGCUUGCAUUUAAAACUAUUGUUAAAAGUCACGCAUUUAACAAUCUUUGGUUUGUACUGAUGCUGAUUCAACUGUGUUGAAAUCAAAUCGAAACUGCAGCGGCGGAUUUUUUUUAUUUCAUGUGUUUUGCGAGGGGAUCAAUUUUCAGUCCUGUUUAUAUAAAUGAAAAAAAGUUAAAUUUGGAUUGUUGUAGUUCCAUUCAGGCUGGUUUCUGUUUCGUCUUUUUCGUUGUUUUUGGAAGAAAUGGUUUCAUAUUUUGCUUAUUAAAGUCAUUGAAAUGGCAAAUA